UGUGACAGAACACUUGCAGGUACUGGUUAAUACUUGUGUAAGGUAAAGUACCGUAGAUAAGUAGGUAAUUGUGUAAAGUGUUAUUAAGUGUAAGUGUUAAGAGGAAAUAACGGUAAGAGUGGAAGGCAUUAGAGGAGAAGGUCGUGCAGGAGGGUAAGGAUGGUUGUAAUGGCGGGAGUGUUGUGGUGUUAAAGGCACCAUGUUGUUGAUUGUGCUGGUUAUUGUGGGGCUUUGGGCCACCGCGGCCUGGCUCUUUCACACACAUUUGAACCAGGCACCAGCCAACCCCGCCCUCAAGAGCGCCAUUCCCUCGACCAAUAGUGUCAUUUCCUCUACCAGUAGUGCCAUUCCCUCCAUCACAAAGGAUUCCAUCACUCGUGCCGUCACCGACACCGCUAGUGCCAGCGAUUCAACAACCUCCAGCAGGGCCAUCACCAUCACCAGUGUCUCCAUUACCGCUAGUGACGAGUCCCCCAUCACCCCCGCCAGGGUCUCGUCCCCACCAUCACCAAAGGGCGAUGACCGCCUUCACUCCAAGCCAGAAAAUGAUGUUAGCGAGGAGGAGCGAGAACUGACACGUCGUCAAAAGCUCCUUAGAAAACGCCGAAGACUGAUCUCUCGUCUUUACGACCUCAACCAAGACGCUGACGAGAUUCUGAGGUUGUACUUCACCAACAGUGGCGGAGGUCAGUCAGCCUCCAACUCUGCCUCCCGCUCAGCCUCCAGGGAGAGAGACUCCAGCGCUGUCAGGCUCUUGGGGGUCACCACCCGUAGGGAAUGUACCGCGGGGCGCUCACAGGCUGGACUCCCGACCCUCCGACGACGAAGUGAACCCGUCCCUUCGUCGUCGACGGCCGUGUCAGUGCGGGCGGGGGUGACACCAGGACGGAUCUCAGUCGCCGAGGACGUCCCCAGGAUCCCUGUCGUGCGAGGAUCCGAUUCUCAGAGCCUCGGGUCCAGCGACGACUCUGGUAUCGGCUUCGAGUGCACGGAUGGAACCCAUAACCACAGCCAUCUUGAGCCGACCAUAUUCGGGACAGUGGCAGACGACCAGACCCCCAGGGACAACAGCACAAAGAGGGCAGCAGCUUUAACUCUCGGGGGAGCCAAAUUUGCUAUUGAAGCAGAUCCGUCAUUAGGAAGAUUUUGGCCGAAUGCUCAUAUUGGCCCAUUUGGUAAUAUGUAUCACUAUGAUCAUGUGGUGGCCCCCUUGGUAAUGUGCAAUCAGUAUGCUCCAAGAGUGGCCCACACCCUAAUAUGUAUUCAGUAUGCUCCUGAAGUGGCCCAUUUGGCAAUGUGCGCACACAGUGCUUGUCCGCUUGGCAACAAGUUCAUUAUGCUAAUGGAGUGGCCCACGUGGCGACAUGCAAUCAAUAUGCUCCUGGAGUGGCCCACUUUACAUAUAAACCUGUCUUGUAAUGCCCAGUACACCGAGUAUUACAAUCCAGGUUUCUCUGUAAAGUGGGCCACUGGAUGA